UGUAGCCAGGGCGGCCCUGCGGGAGGCGAGGAUUUCCCAGGGGGUAUCUCGUGUUGGACCAGGUCUGGAGUCAGGGGAGGGUUCGAGCCCACAGCUUCUCCUUCAGCUCUGAGCCCUAAAAGAGUAGGGCAGAGCAGGGCUGGGGCCUGCCAAGGAGGAACAGCUGGUCCGAGUACCCCAGCUCCAUCCUCUGCCCAAGAAAGAUCUAGCCUUGCAGUGGCCUUUCCCUCCGCGUCCCCCGCCAUUCAAGGAGGCACAGCACGCCGCAGGGCAAGGGGCCAGCUCCAGGCAGCAAGCAGCUCCCCCGGGGAGGCGCUCACAGAAACGGCUGGGCGAUUCCCUCCCCCCCCUUCACCGGCCAGGGGAGAAGGCAGAGCCGUCCUCCGCUCCCCGCCCCCGGCAGGUGCCCUUGGGCCGGGGGCGCGGAGGCGGGGAGGAGCCGGCGGCCCUUCAUUAGGGGCGCGGAGGCGGCGGCGCGGGCCGGGGCCGGUGCAUGGCGGGCGGCGGCGGGGAGGCGGCGCGGGGCCGGCGGCGGGGCCGGGCACCCAAGUGCGCGCGGUGCCGCACUCACGGCGUCGUGUCCGGGCUGCGCGGCCACAAGCGCCUGUGCCGCUGGCGGGACUGCGUGUGCGCCGGCUGCCGCCGCGUGCGGGAGCGCCAGCGCGUCACCGCGGCACAGGUGGCGCUGCGCAGGCGGCAGCAGGGCGGCGCCCAGGCUAAGAAAAGUGUUGAUAGUGAAUGUUCGGUUUCCAGUCGCAGGCAGAAGUAUCAGCGUUAUCCCAAGAAUGCCAGUAUUUUGGUCAAAGGCAUAUUGGAAGGCUAUAAACCUCCUCCACAGGAAAACCGACGUCUUAUUUCUACCUUGAGUGAGAGGAUGAGGAAACGAAGAACAUUUGCAGAUAAAGAGCUGGAGUGCAUAAUGCUGGAGAGAGAACUCAGGCAGAGAGAACUGGAGGACCCAGCUGGCAUGCACCAUCUCCAGAGACCAAAAGAAGACUGCUUACCAGUCACAGAAACUAAUCUGGGUAGGACUGGACACAGCCAGCCUUGUGACACAUAUUUUAACCAUGAUUUUCUAAAUGUCUGUUUUCCUCUGAUACAUUCAAGCACUACCGUUCUAGAAUACGGGCACUGCCAUUGUCAGACUCAAGGUUUUUUUCCGUUGAAUGUAAUUACUUUUGCAUCAAGUCAGAUCAAAAGCAGCUCUGUGCAGAAAACUGCCUUGGCCAGGAAUGCUGUGAAAUGGGCAGAAACGUGCAAAGAAGGGGCCUGUGAGUGGAGGGAACUGACUCAGGCCGGUGUCUUUUCCACAGAGCAUAGCUCCUUUCAGAAGGAGCUGAGAUCAGAGGCAGAAAAAACGCAAGCACGUUCUGAAAAAGUUAAAGAGCAUUGUGUAUCCAGCCGCAAUCAGGACAGUAGAUCGCAAGGUUUUAUUGUACAGAACGUCCACAGCGUAGGGGAAAAGCAGAGCGUGAACCAACCUGUGAAAAAUAAGCAUGGUGUGGCCAAAGAGACUGUCAGAUACUUGGCUAGACUAUCCCGAGAAUGCGCAUCAGAAACAAAAAUUCAAAAGCAGAGUUUAUCGUUUUCAGUCGAAUCUUUGUUAAAAGGCUAAGCCUGUAUAAAUAACCAUUUAGGGGUGCAGUCUUGCUGCAUUUUCUGCAGUGACCAAAAUCUCACUCCCUCUGACAAGAGUAGGCUUGAGCACUGAGUGUUUCAGGUAAGAAUUUGUUUUUGUUUCAGGGAAGAACUGUGAGUCUGUCUACACAGCAGACCAUGGCAAAGAUACCAUAUCUAGCUUUAAAUUAACUUGCUUCUGGUACCUGCGUUAUCGAGCUGCGACGGGACAGAGCUUUGUGUAAACUUGAAGUCUCUCCUCCUUUAAAGAAAUAUUCGGUAAAUUAGAGGAUGAUGAGAAGUAGGGUAAAUUAGCUUGAAUGAAACUCACAAUACACUGCAGAUUGUGGGACUGAAUCUGUAACCCUUGUUCCUCUGAGUAGUGCCAAUCAUUUACAGUCUGAUUUAUUACGUUGCCAUUUGAAUUCAAUGAAGAACUUCCAUAGACCUGAAUGGGAAUGGACCUGUACCUUCAGAUGUGAUUUACUUGUGAGCGUCACAGAUGCAAGGUCAAACUCUCCUUAUUGAAGAUACAUUACAUUCAAAAGACUGCCAUGAAAAUAAUUGAUACUGUAUUAUUUUGGUUAUACUGUAUUUCUAAUGUAAUUUAUGUUGCUUGUUUUUAAAGUAACUGUAGUUUUAAGGUCUUUUUUAAUACUGUCAAGAAAAGUGUAGUUUUUAUAAUGCACAUUUUUCUAGCUGAUUGAGGAUAUUUGGCUAUUUUUCAGUUUAAUUCCUUGUUAGUCCACGUUGUUAAUUGACAAGGUGUCAUGUAAAUGCAUUGUUCACGUACCGAAAUAAACACUGACAUUGA